UCUGCUCCCUGUACAUCUUUGGUACAGUGGUCUCAGCCAGCGUCACUCCCUGAGGACACAUUCUCACUGAGCUGCUGAAGUGCAGGGGUGCAGGAGAGAGGAGAGGUAGCUUGGCUCAGGGGCUGAGGCCAGUCUGACUUUUCAGUCCCUGGUGCUUUGCUACAGAGCUGUCUAGACUGAGUCUCUCUCUCCAGAACAGGUCUUUAUAUCCACCUUGAUUGUGUUAAAUAGCUUCCAUUGCCUUUCAUAUCUGUCCUCAUUUUCAGGACUUUUAUGUGGAAGUGCCUCAGAUCUAGAGUGGGAGUUUCAGAUCCAACAUGAAUGCGAGCCCAACAUAUUGGACAAAAGGCUAGGCUGAGGCAUAGUGGGAGUUUCAGAUCCAGCAUGAAUUCGAGCCCAACAUAUUAGACAAAAGGCUAGGCUGAGGUAUUUGAGAGCCCAAAGAUUCAUUUAUUUCUCACAUAACAGCCUACCCAGUCCAGAGACCCGUAUCGUUCUGUCUUGUGACUUCACUAUCCCUCAGAAUGUUGUUCUUGUCCUCAUGGUUGAAGCUGGGUCACUGCCAUGUCCAUGCUCCAACCGAGAAUGGGGAAAGAACAGGGAGGGCAAGCAACUUCGUUUUUCAGGACUUUGGUGUGUUUUAGGCAAAAGUUGCACUUUUCAUUUGCACUCAUCCCAUUGGCCACAAUCUAGUCACGUGGCUACACCUAGCUGCAGCAGGUGCUGGGAAAUGUGGUCUUUAGCUGGGGACACAGUUGGGAGGGCUCAUCACAGGAGUGGGGGAGUUAACUGGUUCCCAUGGUGGUGCAGGGCAGAGAGGGCCCUGCAACUAGAGGGAGUGAGCAGCAGAGCCAGCCCAAGGGCCACCCAGCCAUGAUGCUACCCCCCAGGACUUCAUCCUCACAUCCUGGGCUCCUCAGAGGCUGUCAGGAGUGAGAGUGGGACCCCACCCUCAGAGGUCAGAGCCACUGUGCUUCUAGAGGAGGCGGGGCUUGAACUGGACCUGAGGGAUUCUAGACAUUCAGAUGACUGAAAAGGAGGACAGGUCAAGUGGAGCCGCGUUGCAGAGGGCCUCAGAGUCCCACAAACGGUAAAUAUUCAGCAGCUCCAAGAGGGGAGCCAAGUUCUGCACCACAUAUUCAGGAUGCUGGAGUGAAGGAGGGCGGUGUGCAGGGGGACCGAGGAAGCCUGCGGGAGACAUAGCACUGCGACAGACCACCUCUGGAAGCUUGUGAGAGCUGAGCAUGAGGCACGUGAGAGGCAUCCAGUCUUUCUGUAGGAACUAAGGAACUCCGAGAGGCGGUAAACUGAAAACUCAGUAGUUUCAAAUGAAGGAAAGGCAGAGUCAGGGAUUUCUGUUUGGGGAGGAGACCUUGCAGGCUAUCCUGUGGUGCCUCUGGGAGACCAAAUCCAGGGAGAUGGAGGACGGCGGGUGUUGGAUCAGCAAGUCAUUCAGCAAACAAGCAAGUCCAUUCUCGAGUGCUGCCUCCUUCUCAUCUUGCAUCACUCCCUCACCUCUGGCUGGUGUGGAGCAGGUACCCACGGUGUGGCCUGGCCAGUUGUGUGCUGCAGUCCAUGGUGAUUUACCUCAGCUCUCUGCUCCCCUUCUCAUCCUUACCUUACAGUGUAUCCUCCAUCCCUCCCUCUUCACAACUUUACUUUUCCUUGUAUUAUUCAGGGUUUUCCAUUUCCUUCAUAACUCUCCUCCGCCAAACAUGCCAGUCUCUUUAUGGUAGACAUCUUUAAAAAGUCCAGUACUCACCCCCCUUGUGCUCCCUUCACUGCCACGUCAUCUGGUACUAAACCCCAGGAACCCGUUGCCUCUGCUCACCGACUGCCCCAUCGGUGGUGGUGGUUUUUGUAACUCAUCCUGACCCUUUAGCUGCUGCUUGGAGGUCUCCUUCCUCAGGUCAAGACGCCUGGGGUCUGCGUGUCCUGCUUCCUGCACCUCUCUCUCCUGUGCUCUUGGCAUUCAGGGGUUCCACCUCAGCCUCCACCGUCCCCUUGGUCCUUUUCGCCAGCAUUCUCUGCUCCUCCCACCCCACAUGUGGCAGCCCAGCAGCUUCUCCAUUUUGUUUCUUUGGAUCACCCUGCUGCCAUCCCCCGUUUCCAGGCCUCUGGCUAACUAACCUCUUCUCAUCCUUCACCGGGGCCACCUGGUCAAGGUCAUAUCCCUCCUCUGCUCCAAGGGCACCCCUUUUCUAUUCAGCUCUGAGCCUCUGCUUUCAGCACCGGCUAGGAGCAUCACCCCAACGGGAACGAUCUCGUGUCCUCCGGGCCGAGCAUGAGGAGGAGCUCAGUGCUGAAGAAAUGACCCUGUGCUCUGCCCAGAGGGAUACAAAGAUGAAUUCCAGAGUUGAUAAUCUGGAAGGAGACAUCAGAAUUUCAGAAGAGCCAUUCCUGUUGCCAGAAAGAAAGGGACCAGAGGCCCUGGCAGGAGCAAAGGCCUCAAGCUGAGCAGCUUAGUUGCUCUGGUUUCGGUUUUUCAGGAAAAGCCAUAAUCAAACUACAGAAAAAAUAAAGGUGCCCCCAUCCCUCUUUUAAAACAAAUGCCAGGGACUUUGAAUAAAACAUUCUAUAAAUCCAAACCAGAACUAAGCUAGUUUAUUGAACUCAAAGUGUCAUUUUUAAUAAACAAAGCAGAUAUUUUCCCAGAAACCAGCUCAUUAACCAAUAUAUACAGAAAGUCUAUUUCCCAAAACAGUUUAACUGAACAUAUAGUCCACGCAAGUAUUUCAUUCAUUUCGAGUCUCUGUUAAAUAAGUCAGUUUGGAAAUUCACAUGUGCCUGUCCUGCUGGAAGCCCAGGUGCCUAUGACUGACUGUGGCCCAGUGGGCCACCACCCCUUCCCCCCACUCCCCUGCUCUGCUUUUUGCAACAGGAUAUGACUCACAGAGACUUUAGCCACCACAAUGCCAAGCCUGACCCUGGGGCUCACGUUUACUGCCCAACUCAAGUGUGGAGAUUAGUUAUUAACCCUGUAAACAGGCCUCUGACCCCUGGAAGCUGGGCUGGCGGUACAGAGCUGAGCCUGUGACGCAGACUGGGAGGCAAGGGGCUAGGGCCUUUUCAAGCAACCCAGGGCAUCUGUCCUGGGUGAGCACUUGAGGGGCAGAAUUACUCCCACCCUUUGCUGUUGGCUCCACAGAGGCUGCGCUGCCCCCUCAGUUGCCCCGCGACACACACACACACACCUACCUGGGUGGAGAGACCACUCAUGGCAGAUAAUGACCUAUCCAAACCUGCUCCCACCUGGAGGGACCCAGCUGGUACCCAGGUGUGUGCAUGAGAAUUUCCCACCCAGACCAUCUUACAGAUGGACAAGAUCAGUGGGGGUGGAGGGGGUCACAGCCUCCUUUCCCCAGAUCUCUUACCAGGCUGCUGAGCUUCCCUUUGGCCCCCACUGGAGGUCCCCUGAGUUGGGUGGGAGUUGGAAUCCCCAGGUAUUGCCCUCUCCAGACCACACUUAAACUUUUUAGGCCAGAGGGCUCUUCAGGGCUGUAGAGCAGGAGCUUGAGGGUACACCCCAGGAAGUGGGAAGAUGAGGCUUGGUGCAGGCCAGGCUGGAGCAGGAACUCCAGGGACUUGAGGCUUGUGGGAUAGUGGACAGGGCUGCAUCUGCCUGGUGACCCCAGGGCAGGGCUGCCUGGUGUGCUCAGGGAGUAGAUGCUGGGGGAAAGCUGGCUGGCAAGCUGCCCCCCCUCCAGUCUUUCAAGAUGUCACUGGAGUCUGGGUUGGUGGGGGCAAGGGGUGGAGCUGCACAUCCAAUAAAUCCAAGGGCCUCUGGCUGGGGUCUCGCUGCUGCAGGAGGAGCCACCUUGUCCACAGCUGUCCCUCGGUGAGUGAGGGGGCUGCCCGCCCCAUGGCCUGGGUGGAUGGUGCACUGCCCCUCUCCCCCUUCCCAAGCCCCUCCAGCCACACUUGCCCUAGAAGAGCCUCUUUUCCUUCCUCUUCCCCACAACUUCACUGUCCAUUCCUUUGCCUGCUGCCCUGGCACGGGAAGGACAGGGGUAGAAACACCACCACGUAUGCUACACCCCUAACUACCGUGGGGGAGCUAUGGCAGGCAGCAAAGAAACGGGGCCAAGGGUCUCCCAGCACUGGGUGCCCCCAGCUCUCACAGGCACCGAGAUUGCCGCCUGUCCCCGUGGGGAACUCCCCUGGCCGACCAGCCAUCAGCCUGAAGUCUCUUCCCCUCCCCAACCUUCCUUUUGAUUUUGGAACUCCCUGAAGGAAGGAGGGGUGAGCUGGACCAACGGGGAGGACCCUCAGAACCAACAGGCUAGGUAGCCUCUGUGUCCCGGUGUUGCACAGCCUCCUGGGAGAAGGCUGGUACCCUGGAGCAUCCUCCUUCCUGACCUGGUCAUGGACCUCUCAGGGCUCAGACUCCUGCAGGCUUAAGAUGAGGUGCAGAGGCACAAGAGUAAGGGCCACCCCUGAUGUGCCAGCUUUCCGAGGGGAACCUAGACAAGGGGGUAUGUGUGAGGGUGUCAGACUCCUGAGUGCUGUCCACUGUCUGUGGGAGCAGCCCUGCCAUGGCCAGCUGCAGGCUAGACUUCCUCCUGCUGCUGCUGCUGCUGACGGCCCACCCCACACCCUCGAAGGCUCAGCACUGGUCCCAUGGCUGGUACCCUGGAGGGAAGCGAGCCUCUGUCACACCCUGGGGCCUCCAGCUGGCCCCUGGGCUCCCAGGCAGCCCACACCAGACUGCCCGAAGCCUCCCCAGCGGUGCCCUGACUCCCCCUGAGGACCUUGUGCCCUGGGAGGGCACGGCCGUGGCUCAGCCGCCCCUCCGUGGGAAGCAGCGCCUGGUGCAGCCCUUGUUGACUGGACUCCGAGCGCCGCGCCGACCCGUCCUCCAAUAAAAGUGUGAGGUGCCGAAGCUGUUGCCUCGAGUCCUCGCCUUCGUCCCCUCCCUGUCUCACCCCCGCCUGAGACCAUUCCCCGCGUGGGGGCCGGAGGGGCGACCGGGCAGGACAGGGUCUGCAGGAAGGGCUCAGCUAGAGCCCGAGGGCGGGGGGGGCUGCCUGAGAAGAUCCUCAGGGUCGCAGCGCCACCUGCGCAGCGCGAUCGGGUUGGAGAGGGCGACCAAGGGACAAGCCCACACUCCAGCGCCCCUUCCGGAGGGUGGGGAGGCGGA